UGACUACCAAUUUUGUUUUUAUGCAUUUUCUUUCUUUCUCAAACUUAGAUAUUUUUACAAGUACAUGAGAUGCUAGAUAAACGUCUUAGAUGCUAGUGUAUAAAAGCACAGCUACAUCGUGACAAAAUUUCAGUUCCUAACCUCUGCUUGUGGAAACAAAAAGAAACAUUUGUGCUUGCCUUUUUAGCACAAACAUAUUUUUAGUGUAUAAACCGGACCCUUUUCUCACCAAUACAAUAUUCUUCUUAAGACAUUUCAAGGUUACAUAUUUUUAGCGCACAACCUUUUCAUAUAUGUAGAAUAAAAUAGGUGGCCUUGUUCACUUUCUCAUUCUUCGGCCACUAGACUGCAUCACUGUUCUCUAGCACGUCAGCAAAUUUGCAGCCGUGCAGUGAACCAACCAAUGGAAACGAGAGCUGGUUUGCUUUGACAUCUGAGACCCCACGCGGAAGCUUAGCUAGACAUCCAUCCAACUAUAAUAAACUAGUAGUAUCUCCUCUUGGUCCUUGCGUGAUAGAUUGGUUUAUGCCCCCCACCGCUUCUCUGUGACCACAAACAACUUCCUUUCCGCCAACCGCCAUUGCAAGUUGCUAUAAUUGGCUGUACUUACACGUGCUUCUGGUCUGGUCAUCAUCUACCUUAACAAGGCAAAAGGGGACGAGGAGGAGGAUUGGGGUGAGGAGACGGAGGAGGGGCUCACGGGGCAAGGAGGAGGAGGAGGGGCUGAUCCGUCAGGCAUGGGCAUCGCCGGCCUCCCUUCUGACAUCCUCGUGGAGGUGACUGCCAGAAUCGCCGGGGAGUCGACGACGCCCCUGGACGACAUCGUCAGCCUCAGGCGAUCAUGCAAGGUGUUCCGCGACGUGACGGCGGCCAGGGAGGUGGGCCGGUGCAUGGCGGUGGACAAGGAGUGGCGUCUGCACUGGUGGGACAAGGAGAGGUUCCUCUCGGUGCUCGGGGAGUGCGCGGCCACCGGCAACCCCGAAGCGUCCUACAUCCUCGGCCUGGAGGAAAUCUGCAACCGGAGGGGAAAGGAGAGCGGGCUCCGGCACCUCCACCGCGCCAUGAAGCACGGCCAUGCCGUCGCGGCCUACACCAUCGGCAUGAUUAUGCUGCGCGACGCCUACAAUCCCGAAGGUAUCGAGGAGGCAAUGGGAUAUCUGGAGGGAUGCUCUGCAGCAAGAACAAAGAGCAACAUCAAGAUUGCCUCCGUACGCAGAGAGGCCGCUUCGGUCAUGAGAAGGCUGACGAUGCGCCGCUGGAGGACGGCCGAGCCUGCCGCGCCCUGCGCCGACCCGCGGUGCGGGGAGAUGGAGACGGCGGAGGCCUGGGACGAGGACGACGAACAGAGGAGGUUCUGCAGCCGGCUGUGCAAAUGGAAACAUGAAUACCGCAAAUUUGUGCAGUGGAUUUAACGAUUUGAUUCAUUAGUAGGCUGUCGGCCACUCUGCCGGCAGUAAAAGUUGUGAGACACAAUUUCAGAUUUAUCACUUUAUGCUUCUCCAAUUCUAGAUCUGCCAUCCCAAUUUUUCUCCUUCCUAAUGGAAAGCUCGCUUAGCACUUUGCCA